AUGAAUAAAGCAAACGGCGAUAUAGCGAUUGUAGAGGGAGAUAAAUCCAAGGAAACGGGGAUCACUGGAAAAGGAAAUGACGUCAAUGGAACCGAAAAGAAUGUUGUUGAUACCAGUGUAACCGCUCAACCAGUUAAAGACGAGCCAGCCACGAAGGAUUCCAAGCCCAUCGUCAAAGAAGAGGCAGCACAGAAGCCCCAAGACAAAACUAAGGAAGAAUCUGGCGAUAGCGAAAAACCCUCUGAAGAGAAGGCUCAACCUACAUCGCACGGUCGCAAAAAGAAGGAGCGAGUAUUCAAGCGCAAAGUGAUCCGUAUACCAAGAGAAGUGUUUGACUAUAUGGCAAAAAUAGAGGAAGAUGGGACUAUCAGACUCAAUGUGACCCAGUUUUCACUCUUUUUCUCGAACGAAAUAUCGAAGAAGUUCGUGAGUGAAUUUGGUGGGAGCAACUACAGAUUGCUGUGCCUCUAUGGAAUUGUCAGUGUCCCGCCAGCGGCGAAGAAUCCUUCCCUUAUCGUCGACUGUUUUUCCAAUGAUCCAGCUGAACGUGCAGCGCAAGAGAAGAGGUUGCAAGCAAUGGUCGAGGGUCGCAAGAAAUUCGCGGAGAGACAGAAGCGGAGAGAGGCUGAAAUUGCAUCAGGCGCGAAGAUAUUGCCCGCGGAUGGAAAUGCGAAUAAGAAGGCUGAAAACAAUAAGAAGUCCCCAGGGAAGGUUGAGGAGCAAACCACCAAGAAAAAUGCUGACCAGGAGAAGUUGCCGAACAAAAAGCGUACUGCGGAGCCCAGUGCUCCAUCGUCAACUCCCGAUAGCGGCACAGCCGCUAAGCAACCUAGGUUGGAUGAGAAGAAUUACGCCCAGUCGAAAAAUAAAAAAACCUUCCCAAAGAAAACUCCAUCCGCUCCUGCGAAAGCUGGUGCACAGAAUGCCCCAAGGGCUUCCCAACGAGGAUCAUCUUUCAAAUCUUCUUCGAGAGGUGGUCCUAUUCGGAACCUAAUGUCUAGAAGGCUUUCGCCAUCUUAUCGUGGAUCGGGGUCGUCUCCUUUUGUGUCUCCACUAAUGGGCCGUAGAGAGUGGCAGAGCGGUCCGGCACCGUUCCAGAAUCAACGCUACCCGCAAGGCAACAUGUAUGAAGAGCAGAUGCGAUACGGUGAGCCUUAUCCGUUCAGUGAUCGCAGAGGAGGUGAUACGUGGGUAAGACCUCCAACCCAACCAGAUGAAAUGUAUAAGCUGGAGUCAGUGAUGCGCAGAGCUGCGCAAGAGAAUUCGUCGUCAUUAGAAGCAGUGAGACAGGUAGAAAAAAUGGGUCUGGGUUCAGUUGUGGGCGCAAUACUGAAUGUUGUGGAUCGUAGGAAUCCUGGAUUUCCGACGUAUGAUACUCCAUCGCGUGGAAUUCCACCAUUGAUUGAUGAAUCCUAUGGAAGGGACCCUCGCAUGUCCGGUGGUCUCGAUUACAAUCCUAGUCCUAUUCGGGAUAUUAGCAGAUAUGUGGAGCCACUAGACGACUUCUGUGACAGCUCUCGCAUGGGGCCAUCACAGUCUCGUCCUGAGCGUAUCACUUAUCCAACCAUGGGCGGAGGCGGUGCUGGCAGUGGUGGUGGAGGUGGAGGCGCUCCUCCGUUUGGGCAGUCAUAUCCGGCUUUCGCCGCUCAGUCAUUCGGAGGAAUGAUGGACUACGGGAUGAGCCGUGGCCGCAGCCCAGCUGGCAGAUCGUAUAGAUAA